AUGUCUCAUAUGCCUGGAAUAUCUGGGAUAACAGGAGGUCGUCAAAAAGUGAGAAGGUCCACACGUCGACGCGUCAAGACGAGGCCAGAGGAUGUCCUAUCUUUUCCCUCCGCGGCCUCUCCCGAAAAGAAACGAAAGCGUAGCAAUGGAGAUAGCGAAUCGGACAGUGGUGAAUUAUUUGAGCUGAUUUAUGUGGAACAUGCAUAUGAAUCAGGCGAUGACCCGGAUUACUGUCCUGGAUGUGAUCCCACGGCUCAACGUAGCAGCGACAGCGAGUCGAGCGAUACAGUUGAAGGUAGCGAGGAAGACGAGGAGGAGGGGGGCUCCGAGGAUGAGGAUUCCGGUGAAGGAGACGAAGCUGAUACCAGCACUUAUGGUGGCAAGUCGCUCACACCUGAAGAGUUAAAUAAGUCCCCAAAAGACAACAAGGAUAGCGCAGAGUCCAGUACAAAAGUCGUAARGCAAAACCCUCGUGAAUUUKCACAACAGAAGAAGAAAGGAGCAGAGUCCACCGAGAAGAACACAGAUGUAUUCAAUGUAAAAUCAAACACAAGGAAAGUCACUGUUGGAAAUCUUGAAAAGUCCAAAUCCAAUGAAGACAAAAGCCAAAGGAACAGCAAAUCACCAAAGCACAAAAGCUUUGCAAAUGUUAUCGUAGGAAAGGAGAAAGCUGAAGUACAAGAAGAUGUGGCUAAAGAUAGCAACCRGUCAAAGUCUAGCACGCCAAUGAAGAGCCCUCCAAAGCUAUCGACAGCGGGUAAGAUCCCAAAAGCCACCACCAUGGGCAAAGCUAAAGCAAAAUCACCAAACACGCAACAAAAAGAAGGGAACAAAGACGGAGGUUUGCGCGCAACAGCGGGCACUUAUCAUACAGUUGAUAGCACUAAAGAAAGAAUAAUUUUSUAA